AUGGAACCAACCAGUGCUAAACAAGCUCUAACUGACCCCAAAUGGGCUCAAGCUAUGCAGCAGGAAUAUGAUGCUCUCAGCAGGAAUAUGGUCUCUUAUGCCUCUGAUUAUAAUGAAACAUUUUCCCCAGUAGUAAAGCCUAUUACUAUUCGCACUAUCUUCACCUUGGCUUUGUUUCAUGGAUGGCCUUUAAAACAACUUGAUGUUAAUAAUGCUUUCCUCAAUGGAGAUCUCUUGGAAGAAGUAUAUAUGUCUCAACCUCCAGGUUUUGAAGUCACUGACAAGACCCUAGUAUGCAGGCUCACCAAGGCUCUUUAUGGAUUAAAACAGGCUCCUAAGGCCUGCUGCACCUAUAUUCUAGUUUAUGUGGAUGAUAUUAUCAUCACAAGAAACAAUUCUGACUUAAUACAACUUCUAAUUGAUCAAUUGCAUUCUAAAUUUGCCUUAAAACAGCUUGGAAAUCUGGACUACUUUCUUAGGAUCGAAGUUAAACAUCUCUCCAAUGGAAGGAUACUGUUAUCUCAAUCAAAAUAUAUUAGAGAUCUUCUUUACAAAGCUGGAAUGGCAGAAGCUAAAGGAAUUUCCACUCCUAUGCCUAGUGGAUGCAAGCUAAGCAAAUUUGGCUCUAACUAUGUACCUGAUCCCUCGCUUUACAGGUCCAUUGUUGGAGCACUGCAAUAUGCUACAUUAACAAGACCUGAAAUUUCCUUUAGUGUGAAUAAAGUCUGUCAAUUUUUAUCCCAGCCACUUGAGGAACAUUGGAAAAUUGUUAAACGCAUUUUGAGGUAUCUCAAUGUCACUUUAUCCUAUGGUCUGGUAUUUCAUCCACCUUCAUCACAACACCCUCUCUCACUUGUGGCCUUUUGUGAUGCUGAUUGGGAUUCAGAUCCGGAUGAUAGAAGAUCAACCUCUGGAGCUUGUGUGUUCUUAGGCUCCAAUCUCAUCUCUUGGUGGGCUAAGAAGCAAUCCCUAGUGGCACAUUCAAGUGCUGAAACUGAGUAUCGAAGCUUAGCCCAUGUUGCAGCUGAAAUUUUGUGGUUGCAAUCUCUUUUGCAAGAGCUCCAAAUUCCAGUUUAA